CUCUCUCUUUCUCUCUCUCUCUCUCUCUCUCUCUCUCUCUCUCUCUCUCCCUCUCUCUCAGAAAAUAAAAUCCAAAUGUAAUGAGGAGAGCAUCCAUGCAGUGAGUUAAUGUGAGGGACAUACCUGCAGAACUGGACCUGGGCUCCGAGAGAGAAAGAGAGAGAGAGAGAGAGAGUGAGAGAGAGCGUGUGAGAGAGAGAGAGAGGGGGGGAGAGAGAGAGAGAGACCUGCUCACUUUGUACUUGCCGACAGUCGCCUGACAGGUGAGGAGAGAAUAUUCCGGGCUGCUUGUGCUGAGGUUCAUGAAAUGCCGACAGAUGUGCCCGAAGACAGACUCAACAACGAGGAGACGGCGAGCACGUGUGAAAGUAUGACUCUGGCCAGCACCCCGACUGUACGCAGAGGAAGCACUCCACUGCCAAUUAAGCACCAGCUCAGACGAGAAGAAGCCGUCCAUGAUGACGGUGACUGGACCUCAGGUGCAGCCGGGCCUUCUGCUUCGCCCAUCAGCUUCAGUCCGGCCCUGGAUGACAUCCUGACUGUGACAGUGGAGGGAAGACCGGAUGGGCCUCUCAGGAUUGCCCUGCUGGGGCAGAACGGGGUGGGGAAGUCUUCGCUGGCCAUUGCUCUCGCUGGGGACAUGGACAGGACUGCGUCUGUGGAUUCUGAUGGGGAGGGCUAUGUUCGCACAGUCACAGUGGAUGAGGAGGAGAGCGCCAUCAUUAUCUAUGACAACUGGAGACAGGACCUCUCGGCUCUGCAAUGUGAGGUGUGUGUCCUGGUGUUUUCAGUGACUGACAGGCGAAGCUUCCACCGCACUGCUCAGCUCCGACUCCUCCUGAGAGAGACUCAACCUCAAACUCCCAUCAUCCUCGUGGGUAAUAAGAGUGACCUUGUCCGCACACGCGAGGUCACCUCGCAAGAGGCCAUGUCCAGCGCCGCCCUCUUUAACUGCCUGUAUCUGGAGAUCUCUGCCUCGCUGGAUCACCGCACCCCAGAGGUCCUGGAGUGUGCAGUUCGGCUAGCCAGGGGCCAGUCCCCGUGGCCCCCGGGGACUAAUGUGGAGGACUUGAGUGGAGGAGGCCAACGUGAAAGCAUCACCACACGAGCCAAACGAUUCCUGUCCAGCCUGGUGCCCCGGUACCCGCGAGAGCGAGACAUGAGCAAGUUCCUGAGGCAGAAAUCCCGCUCUUGCCACGACCUGGGGGCGCUGUGAUUGGGCCAAACAGGGAGUUUUCAUGGUUAGAUAGAUGACAGAGGUGUGGAAGAGUGCCACAGUGGGACAAGAGAGGGGGAGAUGUGGGGAGAUCCAGAGGAGAUGUGAGUGCAGGGGUUGCCAGAGUGAUGGCACCACAGUGUUGUGGAUGAUCACUGUGUGCAUCCAGCAGUAGAAAACAGGGAGAAUGUCAACAAUGGUAGUAGUGAUGUUUAUCUAUAGGUUGAUAGAGAAAUUUUGGAUAAACGUCCAAACAACAAAUAGCGUAAAGAAGCGUAUAGUACAAUUGUACACCACAUGUAAAUAAACUGUAAUUGUGAUAGUUAACUUCCACCCUCAUAACUUUAAGAGCUGAAUAAAUUUUUUGAGUCCUGCA